CCCUGUAGCCACCCCCUUACAACCCAAAAAGGUCUAUAAAUUAAGUCGCACUUCCCUUCAUUAUGCUUCACUCAACUACUCAUCAACAACACAUUUGCCUCUCAUUUGUGUCUACUUUCCAAUAACCAAAGUUGUCAACAAGAAAAGAAAUGGAUCUGAUUGGUUUGGUCUUGGUCAUCAACCUCGCAAUGUUCUCCUCCUCCGUGUACGGCUAUGGCGGAGGAGGGUGGAUUAACGCACAUGCUACCUUCUAUGGUGGGAGUGAUGCUUCAGGAACAAUGGGUGGGGCGUGUGGGUAUGGGAACCUGUAUAGUCAAGGGUAUGGAACAAACACAGCAGCUUUGAGCACUGCACUGUUCAACAAUGGUUUGAGCUGUGGUUCAUGCUAUGAGAUAAGGUGUGUGAAUGACCGUAGGUGGUGCCUACCUGGCUCAAUAAUGGUAACUGCCACCAAUUUCUGCCCUCCAAACAAUGCCUUACCCAAUAACGCAGGAGGGUGGUGCAACCCUCCCUUGCACCACUUUGAUCUUGCUCAGCCUGUUUUCUUGCGCAUUGCGCAAUACAGAGCUGGAAUUAUCCCUGUUUCUUACAGAAGAGUACCCUGCAGGAGAAGGGGAGGAAUAAGGUUCACAGUCAAUGGCCACUCAUACUUCAACCUAGUCUUGGUGACAAACGUUGGCGGCGCCGGCGACGUUCAUGGCGUGGCCAUCAAGGGUUCAAGAACUGGGUGGAUGCCAAUGUCAAGAAACUGGGGACAGAAUUGGCAGAGCAACAACUUCCUCAACGGCCAAAGUCUCUCCUUCAAAGUCACCACUAGUGAUGGCCGUAGUGUGGUCUCUUACAAUGUUGCCCCAGCUGGAUGGUCAUUUGGCCAAACCUAUUCUGGAGCCCAAUUCCAUUAAGAUCUCUUCGAUUCGCGAUAUCUGUCACUUCGAAAUUUUCGGUACGCCAAAAAUAUUUAUAUCUAUGUACCAAAAAAAAAAAAAUCGAAGUGGUAGUUAUUAAGAAUUGAUGGUGGUAUGCUAUAGUUUCUUAAAUUUAAAUGUCCGUAGUAGUAUAUGACUUAAUAGUAUACUAGGAUAUUAGAUAGUAUGUUACUUGGUUAUAGGGACAAUUAAUUAAGGGAUAAUUAAGCUAUUUGCAUUAUUGGAGGGGGUUAGAAAAUGGGAAGGGCUUAUUUUAACUUAGCUCUUCAUCAUUUUCAUUUGAUUUGCGUUAAAGUAGGGAAAUUCCUAAUUAAGUGUUAGGAGCUUCCUUGAUGAUUGGGGGUGUUUUAUAUUUUAUAGUGCUGCUAAAAGGAAAGCUAGCAGAAUUAAAGUGGUUCAUUGGUAAAUUGGAAGAGGUGGACUAUCUUAAUUUCCACCCGCCAUUGGUAUUGGAUCAGUGUUUUUUGCCCCUUCCACUGGUGGGGUGUUUAGUUACUUAUCAGAAGCAUUGUUUGCUUACUAUAAUCCAUUGUAAUCAGCCCUUAUUAGCUGAGUAUGUCUUUUUGCUGUAUUAGAGACUCAAAGUGUAAAUGUUUCUAUUUCUGCAUGUAAUGGAAAGUUGAAGUAAUUUACUAGUAA